GCUACGAAUAGUAUAUAGCGACGUUAUCUUUUUAUACUCACUAAUUCUCAUGGAGGACUUACCUUAGUUAACUAUAAAUGGACAAUACAAAUGAAAAAAUAAAAAAAAUUGAAUUAAAUCAAGCAAGAAUGGCAUCCUCCUCCGAAGAUCUUCUUGAUGCUCAAGCUCAUGUUUGGAACCACAUUUUGAGCUACAUAAACUCCAUGGCUCUAAGAUAUGCGGUUGAGCUACGCAUACCCGACGCCAUCCACAAACACGGCAAACCUAUCACACUUUCUCAACUGGCCGAUGCCCUCUGCAUCAACAAGCAAAAAUCCCAUGGCCUCUAUCGCCUCAUGCGCAUUCUAGUCCACAACAAAUUUUUCGACAAGGUCAGCAUCUCCGGCCAAGAGGAGAGAGAAGAAGCUUAUUCUCUCACUAGGGUUUCACGUCUCUUGUUAAGAGAUGAUCCAUCAAGCCUUGCUCCUUUCGCACUUGCCCAGACCGACCCAAUCUACAUUGACCCGUUCCUUCAUAUGAGUGAAUGGUUUCGAGACGAAUGUCCCUCUGCAUUCUUCACCAAAAAUGGGAUGGAUAUAUGGGAGUUUGCAGCCAAAGAUGGGAUAAUGAAUCAAGGGUUUAAUGAGGCCAUGGCUUCUGAUGCACGCUUCGUGGGAAGCAUACUUGUGAGAGAAUGCAAGCAUGUUUUUGAGGGUUUGAAGACGAUGGUGGAUGUCGCAGGAGGCACAGGGGAGGUGGCCAAGGCCGUGGCUGGCGCGUUUCCUGGGUUAAAAUGCAUCGUGCUGGACCAGCCACAUGUUGUUGCUGGCAUGGAAGGCUCUGAGAAUGUGAAGUUUGUUGGUGGAGACAUGUUCGAGUUCAUUCCUCCUGCUGAUGCAGUUUUCCUCAAGUGGACAUUGCACGACUGGGGAGACGAAAAUUGCGUUAAAAUACUGAGAAAAUGCAAAGAAGCAAUAGUUGAGAGUAAAAUCAAUGGUAAAAAGGUGAUUAUUGUGGACAUUGUUGUGGAUGAGGAGAAGCAACCUCAAGAGGCAACUGAAACUCAUCUGUUCAUGGAUUUGCUUAUGUUGGCUCAUUGUCCAGGAAAAGAAAGAUCUGAGAAGGAAUGGGCUAAGCUCUUUGCUGCAGCUGGCUUCAAAUUAUAAAAUAACUCCUACUUUAGGAGUGAGAUCUAUAAUUGAGGUGUUUCCGUGAUGAUAGGAAUCUAUAGGAUUUCAGCAUAAAACCAACCGGUGUUAAGAAAAGUAUCAGUUAUAUAGUGGUCUCAAUUCUCUUCUUAUACCAAUUGGAGAUAAUUUUUUUAGUAUUUUAUUUAUGCUGCCAACCCUCUCCCAAACCAUUCAAAGGAAAUUUUGAAGGGAUUUGACUUUUUCUUCUAAUUGGGCUCGAAAGAGAAUAAAGUAGAAAAUUAUGUUGUUUCCGAUUUAGA